AUGAAACCAUCACUCGGCGCAUGUUUCUUAUUAUUCGCCCUGGCCAGCGCACACGGUCAACACUCUCACGAAGACACGGUAAGACCAGAAGAUGACUGGGCGUUGUACCACAUGCAAGAAGAACAUCACAUAUCCAAUUUCGACCCAUCAUCCUUCUUCUCCCUUCACGACUUCAACAAUGACGGAGUCUGGACACCCGACGAGGUGCGCAGGACGUACGGUCUCGACGACGAAUCUCUACGCACCACGGCCGGCGAUGUAAAGGACAAGGCCGUGCUAGAGGUCUUCAAGAUCUUCGACCUUGCCAACAGCGGCGUCAUCACGCGCGACCAGUGGCUAGACGGGGUCCGGGCGGGCAAGAAGUUGCCAGACUCGGGCCUGGGGCCUGGCCACCACGGCGACGACGAGUACGAGUACGAAAUCCACCAUUUCGAAAAAUUCCACGACGAAAACACGAAAGAGGAAGACCUGAUCCAUCCCGAAGACAUUGCGCAUUUCAAGAAACAUGACAUGAUGGAGGACGAGGCGGAGCGGGUGUUGCGAGAACAGCGACAGAAUAUCGUGGAGAAGAAUAUCCCCAUGAAGUUCCGAAAACAACAGUAAUAAACCACAAUAUACAAAAGUACACCGAAAGAGAAAAAAGAGGGACAAGGUUUGGUUUCUGACUACGAGUUCGUGUCCCUCGGAGGCUCCUUGUCUACAACAAACCAGAAGCGAGACAGACGCAUGGUGUGUAUUCUGUAAGAUAGAUGCUCAAAGAGGGGCCAAGGAAAGAAAAAGGGGAGGAACAUGGUUCUUUUCUUAUCCAUUUGGAUUGGUCUGGAUAAUAUGGACAUCAUAGACACAAUGCAUGACACCAGGCGCAUAGGUCUUGAC